CAAUUCUUUAUCAUCCUUCAAUUCUUCAUUGAUUUUCAUCUUCAAUUGCUUCAAUGAUUCAAACUAUGGAUGUCCAUGAAGAUCAAGAUUUAGAUGGGUUACCAAAUGUACCAUCAUCAAGAUACCGAAACUCGGAUGUUCAUGAUGCCAAUAUUGAAGAUGGUAAUCCGGCUAAUUGGAUUGGAAAAGACUUUGUUGAUCAAGAUUAUGGAGAAGAUUCAGAAGAAGAUUAUAUAGAAGAAACACCGGCAUGGAAUGUCACACCAAGUGAUGAAUCAAACCAAGAAGAGGAGCCACAAGAACAACAACCUUAAAAAAAACGAAAAUUUGCAACCCCACAAAAACGAAGACAACCAAAAAAACCAACACAAACAAAAAAACCACCACCACCACAAAAACGAACACAAGAAAAAUACCCAAUAAAACCAAAACCCAAAAACAAAAAAAGGACUCAAAAAGAGUUAAGGGACCGGAUUAACCCAACUAGACGAGGUGAGGGUAGAGAUAAUUGUACCGCUCCUAUUUGGAAAUACUUCGAGAUAGAAUGGAUAAAGGAGGACGAUGGAAUUGAAAGAAAGUGGGCCGAAUGUAAUUAUUGUUUACAUUUACUAGCUGCGGAUCCAAACCGGAAUGGGACAACUUCAAUAAAUAAGCAUUUUAAUGGGUGCAAGUUAAAUCC